AUGAAGAAUAGGGGGAUUUACGAAAAUGGAUUUUUAAUUGUCGAAGAUUAUAAUUUUAUUACAUAUACAAAAACUAAUGGAAAGAAAAUAUCUUGGUAUGGAAAAAAUAAAAAAUUUAAUAACUUCAAUAUUGGAACAUAUUUAUAUAAAAUAUUGAAGAAUUAUAAUGUUAGUUUUAUAAAUAAAAGCAAAAUUUUAAAAUUAAUUGUGGAAAAUAAAUUUUAUGAAAAAAUAGUGAAAAAUGUUAAACUCAUAAUUAAAUCAAUUAUUAAACUAAAAAACAAAGUCGAAAAUGUCUACUUGUUUAUAAAAUUUGUUAGUUCAAAAUGUAUUCUAAAAAUGUCCACAUUUUAUUAUUUAAAAUAUAUAAUUGAGCAAAUAUAUCAAAAAAAACUAGAGAAAAUAGUUCGUGUUGUUUUACCAAUAUCAGAUUUACAUAAAUUAUACUCGUAUAUAUAUUUUCAAAAUUUUCUAAUUACUAAUUAUUAUGAACAUAUAUUAUCAAAAACUAUUUUAAAUGAACUUAAAAUGUAUUAUGGAUUAUUUAUCAUACUAAAUAAACAUAGCAAAAAUGUUACACAGGUAUAUGAAAAAAUAUAUGGCCUUGAUUUUAUCACUUUGAAUGAGGAAAAAUGUAAAUCGAAAAAAAAUAAAAAUAAAAAAAUAACUAUCCACAAUAUUAUUAAUGCUAAAAACGAUAAAAAAAAUAAUAAUACUCCCAAUAAUACAAAUAAGUUUCUUAAAUUUUGUGAAAACAGUAAUACACAAAAUAUGAACAACUGCAAAGAAUUAAAACAAGAAGAAAAUAUAAAUGAUUCAUAUAUUAAAAUAAAUAAAAAAACAAGACAUAUUUUAAAAUGUGUGAAAAUAGAGAAAGGUCGGUGUAGAAAUAAAUAUAAAAAACAAACUGACAUAAAAAUUGAAAAGUAUAAAAUUCAAAAAACUGUAUACAAAAAUUUAAAUAAAAAUGAUAUAGGAUUAUUUGCAGGAACUUUUGAUAAAAUACAUAUGGGACAUACACUUCUUUUAUUUUAUUCAAUUUUGUUAACCAAUAAAUUUUUUUAUAUUGGAUUAUAUAAUAAUAAAAAUAUUUAUAAAAAAAAAUACUGUGAAGAAAUUGAUGAUUUAAAAUUAAGAAUUUUUCAUAUAUAUGAUAUAUUAUUCUUAAUAUCAAAUGCUUAUAAUAUACAAUUUAUUUUUUAUAAUUUUGAUAGUGUAAUACCUUUUAUAAAAAUUAAAAAUUCACACACCAUUUUAUAUCAAAUUGCAAUGAAAAAUAACAAAAAUAAAUUUGAAGAAAUAUCAGAAUUAUAUCGAGACAAAUACAGAAAAUAUAUAAGUGAUAGUUAUUACAAAAAUUGUAAUAAAUACAAUCAAAAAAAAAAUACAUUUUUUAUGUCAAAAUAUACUACUAAUUUGUUAAAAAAAAAAUACCAAUCUUUAAUAAAAACAAAUAUAGAAAAAUUAUAUCAGAAUGAAAAUUGGAGGGGAAACAAAAUUCUUUGUUCAAAUAAAUAUAAGAAAAAAAUUUUGAAUUAUUUAAAAUUCCAUAUUAAUUACAAUCAAAAUAAAAGUGAAAAAAAAAUUAUAGUUUUAAAAAGAAUACAUGAUCCAUUUUCAUUUGCCCUUGAUAUUCGAGAUAUGUUUUGUUUGACCAUGUCAAAAGAAUCAGAAGUUAAUGGGUAUAAUAUUGUUCAAAGAAGAAAGUUGUUAUUUCAAAAAAAUAAAACAAGUCUUAUUAAGAGCGAACAAAUCGAACACAAUCUUCCGAUCGCGACAGACAAUAAUAAUAAUAAUAGAGAUAAAGGAAGCGAUGACGAAAAAAUAAAAACAUGCUUAAAUAUUUUUGAUACAAUAAAUAUAUCUAAUAGAGAAAAAAUGAGUUCGACAUUAAUUAGAAUGGAAAAUAGUAUAUAUAGAAAAGGAAAAUUUUCCAAAUAUUUAAAAUAUUUUAUUGAAGCAUGCUUAUACUUUAAUAUAGAUCAUUUUCUCAUACAAAUGCAUGUUGACAUUUUUUUAAAAAAAAAUGGAAAGAAAAAUUUCAAAAAACUUUAUUUGAAUACAAUUAAAAGUUAUUUUUGUAGGAGAAAAAAAAAUAGUUCUAAUAAAAACGGAAUUAAUAAAAAUGUUAAAGGAAAAAAUUUUUAUCAAAAUAAAAAAAAUGAUAAUUUCAUUGUUAAUGAUUUUUUCAGACACCUAUUUGUUUUGAUUUCUUUUUUUAUAAAUCAUUUUUCAAAAAAGUAUUAUACACAAAAUAAAAUUCAAUUUUUUAUAAAAAUAUCCAUUAUUAUUUCUUUCUUUUUUUAUAAUAACAUACUUUUGAAAAUAAUAAAAAAAAAAGAACAGUUUAUAAAUCAAAAUUUUAUAAUUAACAAUAAAAGUAUAAAACAAACAAAUUGUUUAUUUGAUGCAAAUUAUGAAGACAUAUUUAGAAUUUAUAUCAGUAAUAUGAAAGAAACUAUUAUGGAAGAAAUUGUUAACCAAAUUCUUAUACUUAUACUCAUGAUUUUGUCUACUUCAAUUAUAUGCAAAAUGUUUCAUUUUGAUUUGUUUCCAAAUUUUAAUUCGUCAAAAAAUAUGACAAAUUUGCAAAAAGUGUGCGAUUUGGAAAUGUUGAAAAAAAAAAAACAUUUACCUUGUUACCAAAUAAAGCAAAAUAUAAAAAAUGACAAGGAUAUACUUUACGAUUCCAAAAAAAAAAACAAAAACACUGAAAAAAAUGAUCAUUACAACAUUUUGGAAGAUGAACGAUCUAAUUUUAAAAAAUAUUAUUUUAAUUUAUAUUUUUCAAACUAUUUCAAAACCAAAAAAACAUUUUAUCGAAGUUCAAUUAUAACACCAUAUACAAUGUGUAAUUAUACAUUAAUGAGAAAAUACAAAAAUAAAAAUUAUAACAUGCUUCCUUAUCAAUAUUGCAAAUGUGUAAAAAAGGGUAUACAAAAAAAAGGAAAUAGUUUAUAUUCAAAUGUCAAAAAUAAUACAAGUAACAAUAAUAAAUUAGUAAAUGAUGUUAAUAGUGAUAAUAUAAAAAAAAAAAAAAAAAAUUUUGCACACAAUUUUAAUUUUGAUUACUCAAAUAAAAAAGAUAUACAAAUUAUAAAUAACUUGUAUACAAUAAAAAUUAGAGAAAAUGGAGAAAAGUUAAAUGAUCAAAAUAAAUUAAGCGAAAAUGAUAUUAUUAACUAUGUUACAAAAAAUACAUUAUUAGGCAAUAUUUAUAGUGAAAGAUUUAAUUAUUUUAUUAAGAUAAAUAUAAAUAAUAAUGAUAAAAUAAUGUUUUUUCGAAAAAUAUUAAUAUACAAAUUUAUAGACAAUUAUUUUAUUUCAUUUUUUUCCUUUUACUUCUUAAAUUAUUUGAUAAAUGAAGAAAAUAAAACAAAACAAAAUAUCCACAAUAUGAAUAUAAACGACUUUGUGUUUAUUUUUUUGAUACAUUUUGAAACACAUAUUGAAAUGAUUAUAAAUAGUUAUAUUAAAAGACAAUGGAGGUUGCGACAAAAAAAUUAUUAUGAUCCGUUUUAUCCAUUUAUUCAAUAUCAAAAAAAAUAUUCCAUUAUUCAUAAAUAUAUGCAUAUGAAUUUAUCACCAUUAAAUGAUUAUAAUAUAGAUUUUGAGAAAAUAUACAACUUUAAAAAAAAUAAUACUAACUUUAAAAACACACCAUUUUAUAUAAAAUUGGAAAAUAUGAAAGAUACGAGCAAUUAUAAUGUUUUAUCAUUUUACAAUAUAAUUUUUCAACAUAUAUUAACAUAUGAAAAUUAUUAUUACCCCUAUUUCGCUGCAUUAAAUUAUUUGCAUUUAAAUUUAUUCUAA